AUCUGCUCUUAACUUUGCAAUGACAACUUUGACACGCGGAAAAACGGAAGUGUCAUCCUCAGAGGCACGAGAGGAACGCGUCGGCGGCGCCUUGCCUUCCCCAUUCCCAGUACAUUGCCUCGCACUAGGAAUUUCGGAAUCAACGGUGCGUUCUGCAAAUCAUACGGUCCUUUCGCGUCGAUCCUCGAAUCCCGGAUUCGACGCAUCGAAAUCGAAAGAUGCUGAUAAAAGUCAACCCGAAACGCGAGAAGCAAUGAGCGGCGGUGCAGUUGAGGAGACCCUAAAGGGACUCCGGCAAUCCUUCUUGGCCAUUUUGGCACAUUUUAUUACGCAAGGCACAUUACCUCUUGGUGGUGAAUACUACCAUGAUGCUCCAGUCCAUUUCCCACUCCCCGGACCAGCCUCUUCCUUUCCCCCCACUGCCCCAAGUUUGCGCACCAUAAUGUCUUCUUUGUCAAAGUCGCCGUCGUUGGCAUUCUCGAUUUCCGAAUUAGAACUGCCUAAGCGUAUCAUCGACAAUAUCCGCAAACAGACGCACUUGGGUGAGAUGGAGACUCAUCAUGGUGCUCUUGCAACAUCACUCGUACUCCUCAUAGAACAUUUGGACAAAUUACUUGAUAUCCUUCCUCCAAGCUCGACCACUUUGGGGACAUCCAAACCUGCUCAAAUUGAGACCAACACGACAGAUCCCUCUGCAUUGUUGACAGAGGCCCUGCGCACUUUAAGAUCUCUGAGCAUGAAAUUUAUACCUCAUGAUGGGUCUUCCCCUUCUCGGACGGAGCAAACUAUGUUGUGGAGGAGCCUUGAGGGUCGUGCAGAAGAAGUUGGAGAACUCUUCGAUCAAAAUGAUGCUGCCCUUUCGCUUCCACCACCCUUGGACUGGGAUCACCCACCUCAUUACGAAAUGGAACCACCUCGAUAUGACCCAUUUUCUGUUGACCACAAAUCCUCACUUCGUCAUGCGCAUACCAGCCCCGACCUUCACAGGCUCUCCAUCUUGUCUGCAUCGUCCAAUGCCUCUGCACAAGACAAUAAAUUAAAACUAGAAUUCGAGGCGGUGGCUCAGGCUAUUGAUCGUCUGAAUACAGUGGCACCACAGAUUCACUCUCAAAGGGUCGAAUUAUGGCCUGCCAAGCAAAAAGAAAUGGAGUUGGCUCGACUGUUCGGAGACUUGGAUCGUAUGGCAGAACGUCGUUUGAAUCGCCAGCGUGUCAGCGUCGUUUCCCCAAUUAUAACAUCGGGUUACGAUGCCACGAAAGGAAAAGGACGUGCGAUAGAGCUUGAUGACGACCUUGACCACUUGAUUGAACUGAUCGGACGAUCACACGAUAUGCGGAUAUCGAAUCAGUGCGUCAGCCCCACUGACGAAAUGCGCGAUAUCUGGAGGAACGGAAAGCAGACCACUGCACGGCCGAGGGAGUCUUUACAACAAGAACAGUUCGUGGAUAGUUUGAUGAAAUAUGGGAGCCAAGGGCGAUUACACUCCCAGGAUGCAACGUUCUCGACAAGAACCGCGCCCGGAUCCGUUGAGAACAACAAUGCCCCCUCGGUUCUCGUGAAGGGGGUUUUUGGGGGGAGGGGUAGGAGUAACUCUGCUCCGCUAAUUGUGGAGAAGCGGCUUUCGGCUCAGGGAAAAAAACAAUCAUAUACCCUCAGGAAGACGGAGGAACAUUAUUCCUAUGUGGCUGAGCUUCAAGAAAAUCUCAGAACCGUGCAACUCCUUGUGGACGUGCCACUUUCUCCUCAGACAGCAUGGACUGCUGAAGUGAUCUCGCGGGGCUCGGGGGAGAGCUGCUCCAGUACGGUCUUAAUUCGGGGUGGUCCAUCCGAGAAAUUUUUUGUCUCCCUGCCAGCAAAUGCUUAUUUAGGGCCGGUGGGAAUCCGCCGAGUUCAGAAUCACUUGGAAGCAAAGAUCCCCCUUCACAAAGAUCUGGCCCCUGAUUCCGAUUUUUCUCCCAUCCAUGACGCUGCUGCUCUCACCUCUUUGCAACCUACCUCAUUUAUUUGUGCCUCUUGUUCCUUGCCUUUGGUGAAAACCGCGGUACCUGAGGAGUCUUCAAGAUCCGUGUCGUAUUCUGACCUUCCUUCUGAUCACUGGGCAGAAUUCAUAGAGUCGUGGAUGUGUCACAAAGACUUGCAUCUGUCCGAAUCGUACACGAAGCGCGGAAGACAAGGGGUUGAGCCAUCCACUUCGAAGAUCCUUGUGGGCGGCAGUCAUAUGCUGUGCCACCAGCGCUUGGUGCAUGAGGAAAAUUUAAGCUCUUCCAGUUCGGGUGGGACUGAAUGGCAGGUAGAAAAAUGUUUGUGUGGGUCUCCCGUUGGUCAUGCUCAGGCCCAGUACGCUUCGCCGGCGCGGACUGUCAUAACCAUUGUAUACCGCUUUGCAAAGUAUGCCGUUUUGCCUCACCGUCCUUCGAUCCUACCUUUACGCCACCCGCUGACUGCCUUCAUCCUCUCGGACAUGAUGGAGUUUAUUAAUGCUCAUGCUAAUUAUCGCUUUGUCAUACAUGACGAGGAAGGAGACAAAAUAAGGUUGCUCAUGUGGCUAUUCAAACCGUCCAUCAAGCUAUCUUACGCCCUGACAAGGACCCACGGUAUACCACAAGAAGGGAUCAUACAAGGCGCGAAAGUCUUGUACAAACUAGUUGGGCCCAGUGAAAGGUUGGAUCCUCAAGAUCUUCGAUCCUCGUUUCCCGACUUUGCACAAGCUGAACAUCUCUCAUAUCCUCUGAAUGUCUGCCAUUCGAUCGCGGCAUUUCUUGCGGCUACGAAUCAUGCCUAUCCAGUCGAAUAUCGUACACUGAAGAAUCUCCAUAUGGGGUGGCUACAAAAAACGCCCUGGCGCCGUAACGAGUUGGGAGAUACGCAUUUACUUAGGAAUAAACAUGGGAUGAUAAUUAGAUUUGGUCGAAUACAGUGUUUUUAAGGCGUGCAUGAUCAAUAGUGCCAGCGUCCAGGAGCGCAAAU